CUCUUGUUUCCCUCUCUAGACGUUUCUAAUGGCAUCUUUUUCUCUGAAGCUUUUCUGUUUCUGUUUCUUCCUAACAAUCUUCGUCACCUUGGGAAGUUCCUCUUUAACUCAGCUCGACGACACGAGCUUGAAGCUGAUGAGCGACGCCUUGGAGUGGCCGACGACAAUGUCGCUCUACGACGAGCUCGCCGACGACGAGGACGACGGCGACGACGGCGACUUCGUCGACCGGAGAUCUCUGUUCUGGAGAGGUACGACGACGUACUACAUAUCGUACGGGGCUCUGUCGGCUAACAGAAUCCCCUGCCCGCCUCGCUCCGGCAGAUCUUACUACACCCACAACUGCUUCAAAGCCAGAGGCCCAGUUCACCCUUACACCAGAGGUUGCUCCAGAAUCAGUCGCUGCCGACGCUGAUUUUAAUGUCGUUUGACAUCUUUUCUCUUUUUUGAUUAUAUUAUAUUAUAUUAUAUUUCUAUUUAUAUAUAUCUGAGUUUGUGUCGUUUCUCUUUGUUUGGAAUAUGGAAUUAUUGAAAGUAGUGGUAGUGAUUGAGUUUGUUCUGGGAGGGCACCAUUUUGUUGCCAUUGGAAGUUGGACGUAAGGUAAUGUAUUGUUGCUAUCAUUGCAAUGUGAUAUUAGACAAUGUGUUUAUA